AUGUCGCGUUAUGGUGAUUGCAAGGUGUAUGUCGGUGAUUUAGGUAAUAACGCAAGUAAACCAGAACUUGAGGAUGCGUUUUCAUACUAUGGGCCUUUAAGAAACGUGUGGGUAGCUAGGAAUCCACCUGGCUUUGCUUUUGUGGAAUUUGAAGAUCCUCGUGACGCGGAAGAUGCAAUUAGAGGCUUAGAUGGGAGAACAAUAUGUGGUCGACGUGCUCGUGUUGAAAUGUCGAAUGGAAGCAGAGGAUAUGGCCGAGGGCCGCCACCACGUUCACGUCUGCCUCCACGACCGUACGAUGAUCGUUGUUAUGAUUGUGGAGAUCGUGGACAUUAUGCUAGGGACUGCACGCGCCGUCGCCGUCGCAGCCGAUCAAGGUCUCGUCGUCGCACUCGUUCUCGCUCGCCAAGGUCUGGAUCCCGUUCACGCAGUCGUUCCCGCUCCCGCUCUCGCUCCAAGGGAAGAUCCAUGUCACGGUCCAGAUCACGAUCUGCAUCCAAAGAUUCCAAGAAGUCUAAUUAA